CUGUCGUGUCGAGGCGUGCGCCAGCCACUGAGAAGGAGAAGAGGUCCUCCGGAUCAAAGCGGCACCGACGACGCCGGCGAGGCCACUACUACCAUAUCAUAGUACAUACUAGUACAAGACUGGAGGGCUAGUGGGGUGGGGGUACAAUCCAAUCCAAUCCAAUCAAAUCACAUCGAUCGACGCCGCAACCCAGCAGCAGCAGCGGAACCCUAGCCAAGCCACCAUGAGCAAGCUCUGCCAGUCGGCGUGCAAGGCCGCCAAGUCUCUCCUCUCCGCCACCGCCGCCGCCUCCUCCCCGCGCACCUCCCUCCUAGCCGAGGGGAGGAACGCGGCGCUGGCCACCCUCACCAACCUGGGGAGGAAGACCCUCCCCACAGCUUACGCCUACUCCUACCACCACAACUCCUCCGCCGCCGCCGCCGGAUGGCUCGCUGCCAUCCCCGCCGCUGUUUACAUGCUACAGGAUCAGGAGGCGCAUGCUGCAGAGAUGGAGCGCACCUUUAUCGCCAUCAAGCCUGACGGCGUCCAAAGGGGCCUGAUUUCUGAGAUACUGUCCCGAUUUGAAAGAAAAGGAUUCAAGCUUGUUGCCAUCAAGCUGGUGGUUCCAUCCAAAGAAUUUGCUCAGAAGCACUAUCAUGAUUUGAAAGACAGACCUUUCUUCAAUGGAUUGUGUGACUUCCUUAGCUCUGGCCCUGUGCUUGCCAUGGUUUGGGAAGGAGAGGGUGUUAUCAAGUACGGGAGAAAACUGAUUGGUGCUACAGACCCACAGAAGUCUGAACCAGGAACCAUCAGGGGUGACCUUGCUGUUGUUGUUGGCAGGAACAUCAUCCAUGGAAGCGAUGGCCCAGAGACUGCAAAGGCUGAGAUUGGUCUCUGGUUUGAGCCCAGGGAGCUGGUCUCUUACACCAGCAACGAAGAGAAGUGGAUCUACGGGGUCAACUAACCGGCGAAUCAUCUCCCCUGUUUGUUUUGUUUUUUUUUCAUUUUCUCUCACUUUACCUAAUUACAUCACCAUGGAAGAGUGUAAUAAAGUUGCGAUCGUGACAUUUGGGGUUAUGCCCAUGUGAUCUGGCGCAAAUAAGAGGCCUCAAGAAGAAUUGUCUACCUUCAAUUGUAGAGCGUGCACUGAGUAAUCAGACCAUCACCUUCACUCAAAUGGUCGAACGGAUGGUGAUGCCACUUGUUUUGUUAUUGUUAUAUAAUGGUACUACAUGUUGUCUCUUGCUUGUUUUA